AUGCAAUGCUCUUACGACAAUAGGGGCAAUAGCGUCCCAACAAUUCUAUUACUAAUGCAGGAAAGAUUGUACUCACAAGGUUUGAUCAAAGCCUGGUUCCGUGAGCUGCCAGCUGGCGUGCUCGAUGGGCUUUCUCUGGAGCAGGUUUUGCAGUGCAAUAUCGAGCAAGAUUCGGACGAGCUGAUUAAGCAGCUAAAGCCAACCGAGAGUGGCUUACUAAGCUGGGCUGUCAAGCUCAUGGCUGAUGUGGUGGAGCAAGAAGAUUCUAACAAAAUUAAUGCCAGAAAUAUUGCUAUGGUUUUCGCACCGAAUAUGACUCAGGUCGCGGCUGAGGAUCGCAGGAGGAGAACUUUGAUAGAUAAGGUUCCAAAUAUGAAUAAUUUGGAUGCGGCACAACGGGAAUUGAGGUACCAUCAGACCCAACAGGCACUUCUGGACCAGCAGGCUAUACUUCACGACCAUCACGGUCUAUUUAAGGGCACGCUUCAUGCUAUGCUCGACAAUCAAAGGACGACUACAUUACUCCAAGUCAUGUCUGCGAGGAGUAAAAAUCAACACAUCCAGACAAUACAGAUGAAUGCAGCUUUUUCCCUCUUGCCAAAAUUGUAUGCCGGUCAUCUAUUUCUGCAGCCGCAACCCGUCCAAGAGGGUGAAUAUUAA